ACCAGUAGUACACUGCUUGACCGGGCGCGGCAGCGCCCCUAGUGGUCGGGCUCUGCUCAUCACCUGUCCUGCCAUACAGUCUUCAGAACAAACUUAUUACAUUUGAUUACUUUUCUAAUUUUCUAACAAAGGUUUUCAGCUGUUAAGUAACAUGUUAAAUAUUAAAAAGUGAGGAAACCCUCCUGAGAAAAAUCUUAAAGGUCUGACUUCAGAUGUAACCCCCUUUGUAAUCAUCAACAUUUUCAUAACUAACUGUAAUUUAAUUACACAUGUUUUUCUCUGUAACUGUUACGGAUUAGCUACAGUUACAUUUAUUAUGUAAAUUACCCUACGUAACGCCGUUACAUCUAAUUAGUUACUCCCCAACACUGCACAGGAUUCAUCUCUUUAAAGAACAUUAAUGUGAAGAAGUUGGGCGAACACCCUUUCACGAGGUGAGCUACAUCAUUUGGCAUUCAGAGUAGAAAUAAAUCAAACACCAGUGAAACUCAUUUUGAUGUAAAUGAAUAAAAAGUGCAUCACUGAGACACAGUCCUGAGCUCUCGGGGCGUCCUGCGGUCAUCGGAAGGAGUUCAGAUGUAUGAGACUGUAGCACACGCCCUCUGCGUCACCGCGCUCAGCCUCAAAGUGAAGACACUACUGACUUCAUGUUUAUUCCUUCAGUCUGCUCUGCUCGCUGCUGUCACGUCUCUCCGUCCUCAGCCGCGGGGGCACAACGCAGGAGAGCGAAAAUGUUCAGUAACUUCACACGGAAUAUUUCGCAACUUUCAGCCUUCUGACGCACCUCAGACAAUCAUUUACGACAGACGUGCCUCCAAAAUGGCCCAGCAGAACCAAACCUGUCAUUAUAAUGAGUCCAUGGGCUUCUUCUACACAAACAGUGGCGCUGAGGAUAAAUGGGACAAGGCGCAGCUCAUUCUGGUCCAGGUGGUGGGCUCUCUUUUCUGCUGUUUCAUCCUGGUGUCCAACGCCAUGGUCAUUGCUGCUGUCAUCACCAACAAGAGGUUCCACUACCCUUUCUACUAUCUUCUUGCCAACCUCGCUGCAUCAGACUUCCUGGCAGGCAUAGCGUACGUGUACCUCAUGUUUAACACAGGUGAGGCAUCACGGAAACUGACAGUUAAAGGAUACUUCAUCCGCCAAGGUCUUCUGGAUGUCAGCCUCUCGGCCUCAUUGGCAAACCUACUGGUUAUAGCGCUGGAGCGCUACAUCUCCGUCAUGAACUGGAAAGUCCACAGCAACCUGACUAAGAGGAGGGUGACCCUGUUGAUCGUGUUAGUGUGGGCCAUCUCCAUCUUCAUGGGGGCGGUGCCAAGUCUGGGUUGGAACUGUAUCUGCAACCUGGCCGACUGCUCCGAGCUGGCUCCCAUUUUCAGUAGGAGCUACCUGGUCUUCUGGUCUGUGUCUAACCUGGUAGUGUUCCUGGUGAUGGUGGCCAUCUACCUGAGGAUCUACACCUACGUCAAGAAGAAGACAUCCAUGCUCUCACCGCAUACCAGCGGCUCCAUCAACCGCAAGAGGACGCCCAUCAAGCUCAUCAAAACCGUCAUGGUUGUGCUCGGGGCCUUUGUGAUCUGCUGGACUCCCGGCCUAGUGGUUCUGCUACUGGACGGCCUCAACUGUACAAGUUGUAACGUCAUGAAAUCAAAACGCUGGCUGCUGCUCCUGGCUGUACUCAACUCUGUCAUGAACCCCUGCAUCUACUCCUACAAGGAUGAGGAAAUGUGGACAACUUUCAAGAACCUCAUGCGCUGCAUCGGCAACGGCACUCGACGGCAGCGGUCGACGAAGGCCAAUGCCCGGCCGCUGAGCUCUGCUCAGGAUACGGGCAACAGCCAGCCUCCCUCAGAGGAGACAAAAAAUGACAAUCAGGACAUAUACUCAAGACCUGAAAAUGGAAACUGUUAAGAAUUUCGCAGAACUUUUGUCCAUCUUUGAGUGGAUGUACCUUAUGAAGAUUGGAGUUGACUUGAAAGAGAAACCACAGUUGGUCUCAGGGGACAUCAUCUUCCGAUAGAAAGUACUUUGUUGAAGAGACACCACAGGCCAACAUCUCGAGGUGAGAUGGAGACAAGAUGCACUACUAAUUCCCCAAAUGGAUGCAACAAUUUGCUUUUUCAGUUUUGUCAGGAUUUCACAGUUUUGGAAACAUUACUUCCAUUUAUGUUUAAUGGGACAUUCAUUCCUGUUGCUGUUUUAUCCUGCUUCAGUUUUCCUCAGCACAUCCCUGUUGGUUAUUUAAACUUGGAUGAUACUGCGCUCCAAUGGCUGAAGAAAGAAUCCAGUGAGAAAAACACACCGGUACAUUUCUACUUUUACCUGAAAAAGGGUACAAAUUACACAAAGGGUGACUUUACUUCCUCACUAAUAUAGAUUUGUGUACAUCUUAAAUUAUCCUAUAGAUUUACUUCCUUUGUACCUUUUGAGGAAGCAAUGGAUGGACUAGUUAAGAAAUGGUGCUUGUUUACAGUCAGGUACUGUAGAAUUGUAGGAUUGCUUGAGUACGGCACUAUUUCAAUGAUUAUUUCCUGUUUUUAAACAUCUGUACACUGCAGUACUGCCAUUAUCUCCCUGUACGUCUCAUAAGAUGCUUUCAAGACGAGGUGAAUUAUUUUCAGCUGUAUGACAGUUAGUACCUGAUUGUUUUGGCAGUUACUUGUCGUUUCAACUUUAUAAAACCACGCAGGGCUUUCUUUUGUAAAGCAAAUUUGCCUCAGGGGAAUAGAUAACAGUCACUCCUCUCUUGUCCCAUCUGUCUUCCUUUAUCACUUCACCUAAACAAACGGAUAAACUCCCGCCUGCAGCAUAGCAUGAAGGCAAACUCAUUCUCCAUGAAGCAUUUAUACACAUUUACGUACAGACUCACUGAUUGGCUGCUGUUGCUCUGAUGAAACAUCUGCUCACCUGAGAAUGCAAGGACUGUAAAAUUAUGCUUCCUCACACUGGAUUCCUGCUGGAGGUUUCGGCAUACACAGCGUACCUACAGGAACCAACAAGGAUAUGACUGAAGUAGAUUGUAGACCUGUCCCCCCACCCCUUCCUCCCCACCCUGAAGCUACUUUGAUUACUCCACUGUUAAAUUAUUUACAGGGUUCAAAUGACUCUUCUUCAAACUGCUGUAUGGGUUGUCCACUCCUGCUGUAAAUGACAUGACAUCAAUAAAGCUAAUCUUGUAUUUAUCUUGGGAGUAUAGGAAUGCCACAUGAGAGUGGUGAGGGGAGCGGUUUACAGCUCCAGCAGAGGCCUUUUUCUUAAUUGAACUGAGAUUUCAGUGUAGUGUGUGACUUUUAUACCUGUUAUAUUUAAAAUCCCAAACAUUCACUGAAUACAUGAGUGAUGAGUUUGUCGAGUUUCGUGUUUUUUUAAAAACACACUUAUAAACUUCAAACAUGAUA